AGGAUGGGGAAAAGGGCUGGGGCAGGAGCUGAGGCCACCCUGCUUAUCCCAGCCCCAUAGCCAGGGUUUUGGGGCAGGGGAGCGUGCCCUUGCCGCUGACGCCUGUGUUUGUGUCUCUCUCUCUCUCUCUCUCUCUCUUCCCCGCCCCUGCACCCUCUUGCAUGUGGCUGCGAUCGGUGCCACUGACCCAGGGACUAAAAGGGCAACCCGGAGAGAAGGGUGCUCCAGGAGAAGCAGGCAUGUCUAUCAUCGGGCCCCGCGGUCCACCCGGACAGCCUGGAACAAGAGGUUUUCCUGGAUUCCCGGGUCCUAUUGGCUUGGAUGGCAAACCGGGUCAUCCUGGACAGAAGGGGGAGAUGGUAAAAAAAAUAUAUGUUUGUCUGCGGGUGACGGAUUGGUUUGAAAUUACGUUGCCUCUCAGCUGGAAACGAGCUCAUAGGCAGGGUAGCAAUCCUAGUUCAGCCAACGCACUAGCUGUGUCCCUAAUUCUGUAACUUCAUAAUAGCAGUGCUGGGAGGCACGUCUGUAAUUUUUACAUUAUGGCUAUCAGGUUCAUCAUGUCACAACAGCAACUCUCUAGUUACGCAUGGGAUAUGUUUUCCUUGUAGUUAGCAAUUACGUUCUUUAAAUAUACUCUGGGAGCUGACGUUUUUCGUGGUUGGCCUCAUAGCAGAAGUAAAAGUUGAUGGAAAGUCUUCUGAAUACCCAUCUGGCAGCUUUCAACUUAUCUAA